GGAGACGGAAGGAAGAGGAGUCGGAAAUGGGACGACGACCCGGAAGGCUUCGGCAACGCGGCCUUCGUGGAGGACGAGUUCGCCCCGGCGGCCCAGAUCCCCAGGGCCUCCCUCGCCCCGCUGUCUCACCUCGACCCCGCCGCUUCGCCGCAUCACCUCAUCCAAGCUAUGGAAGAGAACUGGUCAGAGCGCCCGAAAGGCGGCGGAUGGCUGGACUGGAAGGGGCUCAUAUCGCAGAACCGGCGGGUCGUGAACCGGAGCGUCUGGGGGACGGUCCUCGCCGUCUACGUCGUGUACAUGGCGGUCGCCAUCGCGCACCACGCGAAGAACAAGAUCCCGAUCGACUUCUGCGGGGGGCUCGGGUUCCUGAUCAUCAUCACGGGGCUCGUUGUCCUGGGGUUCGCCUAUGCCGGGGUGAAGAUGCUGGCGGUGAGGACGGGGUUCAGCAAGACCUUGUCCUCGGCGGUGGAUUCGGUGUCGCCGUUGCUUUCAAAAAGAUGGGUGGUGGUCGGGAUCUACGUGGUUCUCCUCGGGGCCGUGGCGGUCUUCCUGGGGUUCGACACGAAGGACGAUCGCCGCCGGCUCAUCUCCGUCGGAGGCAUCUGCGUGCUCAUCCUCCUCGGGUUCAUCUUCUCCAAGAAUCCCAGGAAGGUGAACUGGCGCCAGGUGUCAUGGGGGCUGGGCCUGCAGUUCCUCUUCGGCCUCAUCAUCCUCCGGUGGGAUCUGGGGGAGCAGACGUUCCAGUGCCUGUCGGAUAAGGUCACCAACUUCCUCGCCUACACGGACAAGGGGACGGAGUUCGUCUAUGGGUUCAUCGUCACGGGCAGCACCCUCAAUAUGACCAAUGGGACCGAUUGGUUUGAGGCUCCGAUCGACGUCGGAGUCAGCCUCGCCUUCAAGCUCCUUACACCUUCGAGAUGGAAACGUGACGUGUCCCAUGCUCUGCAGGUCCUGCCGGUCAUCUUCUUCUUCAGCUUCUGCAUCCAAAUCCUCUUCUACUACGGGGCGAUGCAGUGGGUGGUGCUGAAGAUCGGCUGGCUCCUGCAGGUCACCAUCGGGACCACGGCCGCCGAGUCCAUGAACGCCGCGGCCAACAUCUUCGUCGGGCAGACGGAGGCGCCGAUCCUCAUCAAGCCCUACCUGCCGCUGAUGACCAAGUCGGAGAUCCACGCCGUCAUGACCGGCGGAUUCGCCACCAUCGCAGGCGAGUUCCCCAUCCCUCGCACGGUGUUCGCCGCGUUCGUGUCGUUCGGCGUGAGCGGGAAGCACCUCCUCUCCGCGAGCGUGAUGUCGGCCCCGGCCGCCCUCGCCUGCUCCAAGCUCUUCUACCCGGAGACCGAGCAGUCGCACACGAAGACCACGGACAUCAAGAUCGAGAAGGGGACGGAGGCGAACGCGCUGGACGCGGCGGCGACGGGAGCGAGCAACGCCAUCUCCCUCGUCGCGAACAUCAUCGCGAACCUCAUCGCCAUGCUCGCCUUCGUCGCCUUCCUCGACGGCCUCAUCGAGUGGCUCGCCCUCCUGGUCGGAUGGGAGGGUGUUACCUUCCAGUUCCUGAUCGGGAAGGCGUUCAUCCCGAUCGCUUACAUCAUGGGCGUUCCCUGGGACGACUGCGAGAUGGUGGGGGAGCUCAUCGGCAUGAAGACCAUCAUCAACGAGUUCGUCGCGUACUUGAGGCUCGUGGAGAUCAAGGACAAUUUUUCAGAUCCGCGAUCGGAGAUCCUGGCGACCUACGCCCUGUGCGGGUUUUCGAACCUGGGCUCAAUCGGGAUCCAGCUGGGAGGGCUGAGCGCGAUGGCGCCCGAGAGGAGGUCGGACCUCAGCAAGGUCGCCGUGAGGGCCCUCAUCGCUGGGACCACCGCCUGCCUCCUCACCGCCUGCAUCGCAGGUAUGUCGAACACGUCGAGAAAUGGUGGUCAUCAUCGAAUUUUGGGAAAUUCGAAUGCCUAG